AUGUUGGUAGCGGUGUCUUGCCGUCCUGAUAAGCCUGACUUAAAACAAUUGAAGGCGGAAGCGGCUAGGAAGAAGGCCUGUUUGCAAGAUUGCUCCUCGGUCAAGUACGAUCCCGUGUGCGCCGGAAAGCCUGGCGAAAAAUCCAAAUCAUUUGGCAAUGAAUGUGUUAUGAACAACCACAACUGUGAGAAUAAUGACACUCUCCAUAAAUUGAGCAAAGGCCAAUGUCCCGGAUCAGACUCAAUUCGUCUCUCUUAA